AUGUUAUCAACUCAAAAGAAAAUGAAACCAACAAAUUAGAUGAAAUAAAAUCAAAGUUUAGCAUGCUUCGUUAAACGAGAGCCUAAGAGUUAAUACAUCUGUGUCAGAAAUAGGGUCCAGUGCUCCAAUGCUUAGCAUGCUAAAUUAACCUCUAAGUUAAGGGAUUUCAUUGUUUUCUCAAGCAAGUCAAGGUCUAAACUUGAUCUCGAAUUAACCAAGCAGCAGCAGUGUUUUGGAGGUUUAUUCGGUAGUAAUACUUGA